AUGGAGUGGGAGCUGAACUUGCUGCUCUACCUGGCGCUCUUCUUCUUCCUGCUCUUCCUGCUCUUCCUCUUGCUCUUCGUGGUCAUCAAGCAGCUGAAGAACUCGGUGGCCAGCACGGCCGGGACGCUCCAGCCCGGGCGCCUGUCGCUGCACCGCGAGCCCUGGGGCUUCCCGCACGAGCAGGCGGUGUGAGCCUGGUGCGGCCGCGACCCCCGGUAUCCAGGCGAUGCUACCGCGGGAAUAACUUCGUCCUCCAGACCCAGGCGGCGCACUGAGCGCCAAGCACCGCAGCUGCACCAGGAGGCUGGCAAUGGGAGAACCGGGCUGUCUGCAAAGGCAGUACUGUUGGAGUCUAGAAGUUCACCCCGCCCCCGACCUUCUUUGAUGGGAGAUCAUAGGGAACUCUGGCUGUUCAAAUGACUUCCAAUCUUAUUAGGACAAUCUGGAUUGUUUUCUUCAUUUCCAAGCUUGCAAGUGAAGUGGAUGCACAAUUCCGCUUGGAAAGACAGUCCAUUCAAGUUGGAUGAGAAUGACAUCACAUCCACACCUGCAAAACCCAAAACGUCUAAUAACGCAGAUUCCUGUGCCCCGACUUUGAUUUUAGGGCACAGCUGUAGAUGCAGGAUUGAUGCCAUCUGGUGUGAUUCUGCAGAAUAAGAUAAAAUUUACCCUGAGUGUGCCAUGCACUGGCUUUUCUGGGAAUGACAGGAUGCCAGGAUUUGUUUUUGGUUCACUUGCAGGGGUGGAAAGUUGGAACUAGAUGGAAAUCUCCCUUGGAUGGCUAUCUCAUAACAGAGUAGGACGGUGAUGGACAGUGGCUUAAUUAGGGCUGUUCUUUUCUCCAGUAACUCACACUGAUGUGUGCUGGAGGUCCCAAGAUGGCCCUUGCAUCUCCCCACCAGAUGGAGGAAGCCCAGAGCAGUGGCUGGUCAUGCAGUCUGAAUCCAUUUCCUUUGGAAGAGCUUUCUCGGCUGCUCAAAGCUGCCAGCCCCCGUUACGGGCAGCUGCCAUCUGGAUGCAAUGGAGCUUCUGCAGCCUUCAAUUGAAAUCUGCAUUCUUUCAGUGAGGGGUGAUGGCAGCAGGUCUCAAGUGGACAACCAGCUGUCUGUGCCCUGGUGACAAAAUCCAAUUGUGAAGGAGCACAAUGCUUGAAAGGGAUUGAGGCAGUGGCCCCCCUCCCAGCUGCUGGGACUUUGGGCAGCGCUGCUGAGCUGCAGCCAGGUGAGGGAAGAUGCCAGGUGUUCUCCUCAGCAGGCAGCCUUGCCCUCCUGGGCCCCUUCUGGGCGGACGUAUCUUCAUGGAGGCUUAACACAGCCCGAAGCGCUGUUCUUCCUCACGACCAUCGUUUGUGUCCUCUUAACUUUCCUGUCAGUCGGAUUUUAGUGGAAUCUAGGUUUGUGUAUUUGGUGCCCAUAAAAGACCAUCCCUUUUAUGCACUGGGGAGAUAAUCUAUGCAAAGAAAGUCUUCCUGACUUCCUUCUGUGACUCUGCCACCAAGCUAGGAAUAUCCCAGGAGACUCGCUCUCAAAGCUGCUUCCACUAGCAGCCUACAUCCUGGCAAAGCAGAGGGAGAAGAAUCACUUCCCACAUCCAAGGCUGUCCAAAGAACUUUCUGUGAGGAUAGCAACGUUCCAUAUCUGCAGUCUCCACUAUGGUAACCGCCAGUCACAUGAGCCUGGUACACACUUGAAAUGUGGCUAUUGUGACUGAGGAGGUAGCAUUUCAAUUUUCCUUAUGUCAAUAAGUAAAACUGACCGCAUGGGGCCGGUGGCUCUGCUGUCGGACACAUGGUCCAUAUCCUGUGCUUUCUAGUGUUUCAGGGCCGGGGAUGGGUGUGGGCCAGGCCCGUGGCCUUCCUGUUUCACCCUGCAGUGGACCCUCCUCCCUGAGGACGAGGAGAAGCGGUACUUUGGAACUAAAUUCAAUAUGCUAACUUGACAUGUGUACAUCACACACCCUCCUGGGACACAGGAAUGUUCUGGGAGUCUGUCUGGGGGACUGCUUUCAGUGAUGAUGGAUGACAGAGAAACCGCAGGCCAGGUCCACUUCCCCCUCCUAGUGGCCAUCUUGUGUUUCUAGGUCAGAGUGAUUCUACAUUUAUUUUGACCUAUUGUGCAGGUUUUUAAAUUUUUGUAACAUUGUGACUUUUAAAUGAUUAUCCUGUG